AUGCUGCUGCAGGGUCGAAAUGCUCUUCUAGGCGAUCUCAUCGAUGGCACUUUCACCGACGUCGUCUGUCUUCUGGCAUCCAGUUCGACUAUGUCUCGUUCCGCCCUUCCCGGUAUCUCGUCCUCUUCGUCUUCUCACACUCCAAACCAGGCUGCUCAACUUGAGACAUCAGCUCGUUCCUCGUCACGGAAAGUCCUCAGUGUCCAGUCUGCUUUGCCUCACAACGUGCCUUCUGCUGCGUCGGAAGAUCAUCUUUCCCAACCCAGUUAUGACAAUGACCUUAGUGAUGAGAUAAUAUAUUCAAUGGGUAAUGAUGGGGGCGGUUUAAGCAGCAACAACUGCGUGUAUGCUAAUAACAUCAUCUCCGAAUACGCAGCAAGCGACCAUUUGUCCUUUGGGUCUAAGAGAAGACCCGCAGGUGCCCGACCCCAACCAGAAACUUUGGUUCUUUUUAUCAGCCAAUCAGGUCAGCUGUUGCAAUGUAAUGGGCAGCGCCGACUUGACAAGUGGGUAGAUCUUAAAGUUCAGAAGGCCGUCUGUCUAGCUUGUGAUGGCUCUGUUGUUGCAGUAGGCUGCGCUUCUGGGACGUGUCUUCUCUUUGAUGGCAUCACUCUCCUCUUCCUUGCUAAGCUUCCUCCACCUCCAUACUUUGGAGCGGAUUUUCAUCUUAAAACCAGCCUAUUGAAUCUUGAAUUUGAUUAA